GAUCCGCUCUAAUAGCCUAUCGCAGUUUGAGACACUCACUUAACAGUCACACACACACACACACACACACACACACACACACAUACACAUACACAUACACCGCGCGCGCGGCUGAGCCCAAAAAAAGCACACUCCUCAACUCCACCGGUGGGGGGGACACAGAUACCAGAUGAGAUUUGUUUCCAAACGCGCACCGAUGGCGGUGUGAGGCGUUUGGCUGAGAAGUACACACGGCGUUGUGGAUUUGUGAAAACCCUUUUUUUUGUGGUGCAUCUCCUUCCUGUGUGGAUCCUGGUGACGGGGAAAUAAAACAAAAGCUAUGGAUUACUCAGUCUGCCUACUUUUACUCCUGUCAACCGUGUCGUCUGUGUCGACCGGACAAUUCCCAACAGCGCAGAUGAUAAAGGAAUGGGUGGACCAGAUGCAAAAAGAGUUGAUCACAUUAACAGACACAGCCAGUGGAAUUGACAACCUAAUAACGGUAUAUCGUCAACACAGACCUCACUUCAGCGUGGAAACCAACAAUGCACGGGAACUGGUGGCGACGGCUGCUGGGAAUAUAGAGAAACUGCUGGCUAACCGCUCCCAAGCCCUGAAGAGGCUGGCAACAGAGGCAGAAAAGUUUCAGAUGGACCACGAGUGGAGGGACGACAGCGAGCCCGACAAAAUUGUUUACUACAAUGCCAAAGAUGACCUUAAUAUGACAGAUGAAGGAAAGAGUCGGAAGAACAGAUAUCUUCCAGAUGAUUUCGAGAUAGACCCCGACUUCAAGCGCCUCGUCUCGUACAAUACCACCGCCGUCCACAUCCCUACAGAUAUAUACGAAGGCUCCACCAUCAUUCUGAAUGAGCUAAAUUGGACUGAGGCCUUGGAGGAUGUUUUCCGGAAAAACAAAGAGGAAGAUCCGUCACUCCUCUGGCAGGUGUUUGGCUCAGCCACCGGAUUGGCUCGGUACUACCCAGCAUCCCCUUGGAUCGACUCAAGCAAUUCAGCCAGUAAGAUCGACCUCUACGAUGUGCGGAGGCGACCGUGGUACAUUCAGGGGGCAGCGUCACCCAAGGACAUGCUGAUCCUGGUGGAUGCGAGUGGCAGCGUUUCGGGUUACACCCUCAAACUCAUCCGCACGUCUGUCAGCAAGAUGCUGGAGACCCUCUCUGAUGACGACUACGUGAACGUGGUCUAUUUCAAUGACAAGGCCUCGUACGCGGCGUGCUUCGAGAACCUGGUGCAGGCCAACGUCCGCAACAAGAGGAUGCUGAAAGACGCCGUGCAGAGCAUCACAGCCAAGGGUAUCACCAACUACAAAAGCGGCUUCAAGCUGGCCUUCGAGCAGCUUGUGCAGGAGAAUGUGUCAAGGGCCAACUGUAACAAGAUUAUCAUGCUCUUCACUGAUGGAGGGGAAGAGAGGGCGGAGGAGAUCUUUGAAAAAUACAACCCAAAGCAAGCGGUGCGCAUCUUUACAUUUUCAGUAGGUCAACACAACUAUGACAAAGGACCAAUACAGUGGAUGGCCUGCGCUAAUAAAGGGUAUUACUAUGAGAUCCCAUCUAUAGGUGCUAUCAGGAUCAACACUCAGGAGUACCUGGAUGUUCUGGGCAGGCCUAUGGUGAAGGCUGACAGAAGGGCCAAGCAGGUUCAGUGGACCAACGUCUACCUGGACGCACUGGAGCUUGGCCUGGUGAUCACUGGCACCCUGCCUGUCUUCAACAAGACAAACACAGGCUCAAAGAAAUCUCAAAACCCGCUCAUCUUGGGCGUCAUGGCGAUUGAUGUCUCCCUGGAUGAUAUCAAGAGACUGACGCCUCGCUUUACUUUUGGACCAAAUGGCUACUACUUUGCCAUUGACCCCAACGGAUAUGUGCUGCUCCACCCUAAUCUCCAGCCACUGACUGCCAAGUUCCAUGAACCUGUAACGCUGGACUUCCUGGAUGCAGAGCUGGAGAACGAGAUCAAAGUGGAGAUGAGGAAAAAAAUGAUUGAUGGUGAAACAGGAAAUUACACAAUAUCUACGCUGGUGAAAUCCCAAGAUGAGCGCUACAUUGACUUGGGUCAGAGGAUGUACACCUUUGCACCAGUGAAGGGGACAGAUUACAGUCUGGCCCUGGUGCUCCCCGACUACAGUAUGCAUUACAUCAAGGCCAAAAUCGCCGACACGAUCACCCAGGCAAAAUCGUUUUUGGGGAAAGAUGUUUCUGAAAGCCUGAUGGCGGACAAGUUUGAUGAAUAUGGCUAUACGUUUAUCGCACCAAGGAUGUACUGCAAGGACUUGAAACCACCUGACAAGAACAAGAACAACACAGAGUUCCUCAUUGAGUUCAACAAUUACAUCGACACAAAGACUCCAAACAACCCCAUGUGUAAUGUGGAGCUGGUGAACAGACUGCUCUUGGAUGCUGGCAUCACCUCAUCUCUGAUCAGGCAUUGGAAGGAAACGGAGGUGCAGCAUGGUGUUGUGGCCAGAUUUGUUGCCACAGAUGGAGGGAUUACACGGGUCUACCCAAAAAGUGCUGGGCUGUCCUGGGAAGAAGAAGCAGAAACCUAUGAGUCAAGUUUCUAUAAGAGAAGUUUGGACAAUGAUCUGUACAUCUUCACUCCGACACCGUACAGCAAUAAAGAGAACGAAAGUGACGACUCAGUCCUGGUGAGCAGAGCGGUAAACCUCGACAUUGAUGGUAUCAUACUCAAACCAGCUGUGGUCGGCGUGAAGCUGGACAUUAGCGCCUGGAUGGCGAGCUUCAUCAACACCACACAGAAGAUCAAUUGCAAUGAUGAGAUCUGUGGCUGUCAGCGAAACGAUGUGUAUGUAGACUGCGUCAUCCUGGAUGAUGGGGGCUUCCUGGUGAUGUCCAAUCGGGAUGAACAUCUUGAUCAGAUUGGGCGUUUCUUUGGCGGUAUCGACCCGAUCCUCAUGAUAAACCUGGUCAACUCAUCAUUGUUCACCUUUAAGAAGACCUUUGACUACCAGUCGCUCUGUGACCCCGAGAAAGAGAGCAAGGCGGCUGCAGGCCUGCGAUCCGUCUACGUGCCCACAAUCGCAGAUAUUUUGAAUUUAGGAUGGUGGGUGACAGCUGCAGCCUGGUCAAUACUGCAACAGUUACUGGUCAGCAUCACAUUCCCCAAUUUCCUGGACGCAGCCGAGAUGGAUGAUGAAAUGUCAGAUGCCAUGCUCAAAGAGGUCUGCAUCACAGAGCAAACUCAAUACUACUUUGAGACCAACAACCUGUCGUUCAAAGGCACAAUCGACUGUGAAAACUGCACCAGGCUCUACCAUGCUGAAAAGCUGCCCAAGACAAACUUGGUCUUUAUCAUCUCUGAUGCAAAACUCACCUGCUCAUCCUGUGACACCAAGCCGUUAAUACAGGACGAACAGCAGUCUACUGGUCCUGAUCCAUGUGAACUGGCUCAAAACCCUCGGUACAGGAAAGGGCCUGCGGUCUGUUUUGAUAACAAUGAACACGAGGAGGACCCUGACUGUGGCGGGGCGUCCAGCCUGAGCCCCUCGCUGUGGCUGAUGGUGGCCCUUCAGCUGGCUCUGCUCUGGGUUUUGACUGGCUCCAGACCCCACACCAUCCCAUCAUGACCUCCGAACACCCUGAUCACCCCCUCUGUCUCUCCCUAUCUCUCUCUCUGUUAUCUCCAAAACGGCAACCAGCAUGCAACGCUGCCACCGAAAUGACGAACGCCCGAUGAGAAGAGCUUGUGACAAACAAACAAAAACCUGUGAGCCCCCUACAUCCUGCCAGUUUCUCCUUUUGAUACCUUCAUUUUCAGGGGUUUCUCAAAGCGAUUUCACCCGCUGCAAGGGUACAAGUGACAACAGAAAUGUUUUAUUGGAAGAUAUGGGUUGAAAGAUAAGAAAGAACUCAACCUAAGUCUAUCCUUCAUCUCUUCAACGCUCCCCACCAGCUGAGAUUAGAGGAAUCCAGAGAUUAAUUUUGAUUGGCGACUUCUGAACUUUCUCUGGCUUGAUGUCAUUGAUGAAAGAGAUCGGACUGCCUUAUAGUAUUAGAGGGAUUUAAUUCACCAUGGAGUGGGGGGGGGGGGGGACUUGCUGUUUAUUAAUAUUGAGCAGUUUUAUUCACCACUGCCAGAAACAGCGCUGCCUUUUGCAAGCGUGCAGUUUAUUUUGAAUCAAUUUGUGGUGGUUAGUUUUUAGGUAUUUAUUGCUUUGUGGUUGAGAAUUCGGCUAGGAUUGCAGUACAAGAUGCCAAAUUGUUACAUCACAACCUCAUGCCCUUCGUUUGCCUCCGUUGGGUUGCUGAAAAUAAUGUUGUCUCAGUCUGAUUUUCUAGAUAGCACUACGCAGAACAUUUUCACAGUGUCUCUGGGGGUUCGAAAGAUGUCUCUUACUUUCACCCCAGUGUUCUCUCAUGUACAGUAGAUACUGUAUUUGCAGUGUGGAAAUCAUUGUUCAUUGUUAUGUUCAUGCUCAGAAACCAACCCUUCAACUGCCACAGAGGGCCUGCUGCUGAGUGUCGCUGAUCAUUUAAUCAUCAGCCGCGAUCGAGAGUAGUAAAUUAUCUAGAUUUUCCGACUUGAUUUUCCGACUUGAUUGCUCCAGUGAAAACUUUGUUGCCAUAGUGCGUAUUAACCAAUCAGGGUGAGCCUGGCUGGUCUCCUAUGCAUGCUCGGUGGACAGAAUCUCUUUAGUGCCAUGUGGACUGUGUGACUCAGAUGAACGCUUCAGCUUUGCAGACUGUGGCUACUGAAUGGAAAGAGUAUUUAUUUGUUUACUAUUUAUUUGACUGAGGCGACAGGACAGCGUGCUACUGUUUCUUUUAUCGCCACCAGGAGGGAAAACGAAUGAGGGGGAUGUGAGAGUUUUUAUUUGACGGUACAUUUUAUUUGCUGCUGUCACUUUUUAAAAUUAUAUGACUACUAUCUGCACUGCGAUUCAAAGUGCAGCUAUUAUUUGUCUUCACAGUUUGAACCUCUAUCUCGAUGUGGUCGUGAGGUUCCCUCUUGCAGUUUAUUACACUGUGGUAUGUUAUCACCCCGCAGAAAUCACUUGGCUUGUGAUCCUCUCUACUGCUGUAUUUCAUUUCCUCCAAUAUAAGUUCAUCUUGUUUCAUUUUGUGUGCCUUCUUUUCCAUUAGUUACAAAUAUAAAACACGCCGAACGUAUCCGUGAUAAUAAACAGAUGGUACCGUAGGUGGUUUUACUGAUAGAGUGUCAUCUUGUUCGAGCGCAGCACAGUAAAAUUGUCAGAUUUAAUAAGAAAUGCACUCAUCAGAGAUCUGCCAAAAUAAUGAAUAACAAAUCUCGCAGGACCAAAUCCAAACUUGCAAUGCGGUACUAAUUAUAGAUCAGAAAAAAAUAAUUGAUUUCAGGAUGAAAAUCCAUGUUAAAGUGCUUUGUUUUUUGGGGUGUUAAUUUAUGUUUUCAUACAAUAUUAAAGAUUAAAAGACAUAAAUUCAGCCAGGCAGGAAAUAGUAUAUCAGGAAGCGUGCGAUUGUUGUAAACUUGAUGGUUUGUUCGUCGCUACUGUCAAUGACUACAUUUACAUGCACAAAAUAUUCCACUUUUUGCCCUUUUCCCAAAAAAGACAUGGGCCUCGUUGCAAAAUUAGCAUUGGAUUCAUGACACAUUUACAUCAGACCAUUUUGUUCUUACCACUAUGUGUAUGUUUGUGACUCAGAGUUAUCCUCAAUUGACAGGCACGUAUAUGAGCAUGCUGCCACGCCCUCUCUAUCUCAGGACAUACGUUUGCCCAGAGGUGUAUCUUACAGAGGGCGUUGAAGUUGUUUCUGUGCACAUAUGAAAGCCCUUAAACACCAGUUUGGGGCCGCCGAUGAGAAAGUUGAAAAAGUUGAUUAACCGUUUGUCACUCUCUUCAAACAUGUUUUAUCAUGUCUCUGAUGCGCUCUCUCCUGAAGGUAUAGACUACAAUAUCUUCCAGCAAGGUUAGAUAUGCUGUCUUAACACCUGCUUGGAGGUAGAUCAGAAUCUUUUAUAUACCCUAGAUGCCUCUUAAUAAUAAUAAUUAUCAUAAUUUUGUGGCACAAAAAAUUGGUGGGAGUAGCCAUCAUCAAAGGCAGAGUCAAUGAAGCUACGUCUGGGACACUCAGUAUUUAUAGUCAAAUAUUUUAGUUAUGAGGAUGUAAGGACGUCAAAUAUGUGCUUGCAAUAGUAAAUUAAUGGUUUUAAAUAUUGGCAGCACGGUGGUGCAGCACACGGGUUCGAAACCAGGGUGCGGGAGCCCUUCUGUGUGGAGUUUGCAUGUUCUCCCUGUGUCAUCGUGGAUUUUCCCCAGGUACUCCGGCUUCCUCCGACAGUCCAAAGACAUGCAGGUUAAUUGGUGACUCUAAAUUGUCCGUA